CCGUUCGUGCCAGCCCAGUAAAAGUUUACAUGAUGGCUGAGGUAGCUGUUCUCAAUACGUGGGACUACGUCGCAAUUGUGUGCUACUUCAUGAUCGUGAUUGGAGCAGCAAUUUAUGCGUUAGUGACGACAAACAGAGGGACUGUUAGCGGUUAUUUUCUGGCUGGAAGGUUCAUGACAUGGCUACCUGUCGGAGCCUCAAUCUUUGGUAGUAAUAUCGGCAGUGAACACUUUGUUGGUUUGGCAGGAGAUGCCGCAGCCAGUGGUCUAACACCAGGAGCUUUCGAACUGAAUGCGCUGAGUCUUCUCCAACUAAUGGCGUUUCUAUUCAUACCAGUCUACAUUGCAUCAGGGGUUUGUACUUUGCCUGAGUUUAUGAUGAAGAGGUUUGGUGGGCGAAGGAUUCGGGUCUAUCUUGCGUGUAUGUCAAUUUUUGUCUACAUUGUAGCAAGAAUCUCGGUGGACCUGUACUCGGGAGCCCUAUUCAUCCAGCAGGCGCUUGGUUGGAACCAAUAUGUCGCUAUUGUUUGUUUGCUUUUCUUUGUCGGCAUCUUCACAAUCACAGGUGGCCUGGCAGCAGUAAUGUAUACAGACACAGUGCAGGUCUUCAUUAUGAUACUUGGUGGAAUGACACUCAUGGUUCUCAGUUUCAUUGAAGUGGGAGGUCUUCAUGAAUUGAAGGUCAAAUACUUUCAAGCGGUUUCAAACGGUACAUUAAAUACACCGAACUCCACGUGCGGUUAUCCGAGAUCGGAUGCAUUUCAAAUGCUUCGAGGUGCACAUCCGUAUAAUUCCGAUUUCCCAUGGCCUGGUUUUAUCAUUGGCCAGAGUAUGACUUCAAUUACUUAUUUCUGCGCUGAGCAGGUAAUGGUACAGCGCACUCUAUCGGCGAAGAGUCUUUCACACGCCCAAGGAGGAUGCAUCUUUGCUGGGUAUAUCAAGAUAUUACCACUCUUUAUGAUUGUUAUACCUGGCAUGAUAUCAAGAGUUCUGUUUACAGACAUUGUAGCGUGUUCAUCAGCAGAAGCAUGCCAGGCAGCAUGCGGGAACCCUCGGGGAUGUACCAAUAUGGCAUUCCCUUCUCUGGUUCUCGGAGUUAUGCCGAAUGGUCUUCGUGGGGUGAUGCUUGCUGUUAUGUUAGCAGCUAUUGUUAGUAGCUUGACGUCGUUCUUUAACAGUAUCAGCACUCUCUUUACUGUCGAUAUAUGGAACUACUUUCGAAAGAAGUUUUCUAAGAAAGAUCCUUCUGUUAAAGAAAUGAUGAUUGUCGGAAGAUUGAUUGUGCUCGUCAUGACGGUCAUCAGUGUGUUGUGGAUACCGGCUAUUGAACUGCUACAAGGCGGUGACGGAUUAAACCGGUAUUUCACCCGGAUAGCCGGUAGAAUUACUCCCAGUGUUUGUGCAGUCUAUCUACUCGCCAUUUUGUGGCCAAGGGCCAAUGAACAGGGUACGUUCUGGGGACUGAUAGCGGGAGCGCUGACCGGUUUCACCCGGCUUAUAUUGGAUUUCAUCUGGCCUGCACCUGUUUGUUGGGAAGAAGAUAACCGACCUCAUAUCCUCAAGCUUCAUUACUUCUACUUCAAUAUGAUCUUAUUUGCCGUGGUGUUUACAGUGGAUGUAACAGUAAGUCUUCUCACCGAACCCCCUCCACCAGAAAGGCUGAUUCGUACGACAUUUUGGACCCGUUUUAGCAAGGCUAAGCGAUCGGAUGAAGACGAAUUCAACGAUACCUCUGAUGAUGAUGAUGUAGGGGUAAUUGAUUCUAAGCAAAUAGAACUCGAGGAUAAAGACAUACCUGAAGACACGGAGGAAGAUUCAACUGCUAAGGUAACAGAAGCCAAAAGCGGCUGCUCCCGGGCCAUGACUUGGUUCUGCGGCUACGGGGACGAGAGCGAUGAGAGUCAGCGAAAAGCACGAGCGGAGGAGAAGCGAGUACGUCAAAUCACAACAUCGAUUGACCAGGACCCACAAGCCAAGAGAUUCAUCCAUAUUAACAUGAUAGUUCUCCUUGGUGUUUCUGUAUUUCUCUAUACUUUCUUCUCCAUGGACUGGAUUUAAGAUACUAUGUAAUAUCGGGAUAAAUUUAAGAGUUCCAUUUUGAAUGAUGAAUCUUGUAUGCCAUUUGUAAAUACAUCACUUACGUGUAAUUCCAGUGUCAUAAACAUGUUAUCAUGAAAUGUUGAAACAUGAAUGGCCGAAUUGUUUUUGGAGAGAGAUGAAGACAAUUAGAAUUAUUGGUUGUUUACACGGACACUGACCCUUACAAAUAUUCAAGAUAAUACCUUGGCCCAUUUUAAUUCAGAUUUUAGGUAUACUUACUAUCUAACGUACAAAAAAAAAUGGAAUUCAAGCACUUGCGGAUCCAGAGGGGGGAGGGGCAAAGCCGGCCCGUACAUGCCCCCUUUGUAAUGUGAAAAUGCCGUUAAAAAAGAAGUGUGCCCCUGUUACACCCACAAAUGUAAUAAUCGCCCACAAAUGUAAUAAUCGCCCACAAAUGUAAUAACGCCCACAAAUGUAAUAACGCCCACAAAUGUAAUAACACUUUACCCACAAAUGUAAUAAUUUCACCCACAAUGUAAGAAUGCACUUUACCCACAAAUGUAAUAAUUUUUGAUCGCCCACAAAUGUAAUAAUGACUUUACCCACAAAUGUAAUAAAUUUGAAGGGAUUUUUGGCAAAUCCUUUCUGAACUAAAAUCCUAUAGUAAUGCGUUCAUAUAGCACAAAAGUGCAAAGUCUUUUUUCCAGACUCGGUUGUUUCAAAAAUUAUAAUUCAAGUCCGAAGUCUUUUUUCCAGACCCGGUUGUUUAAAGGGGAAUCCAACCCAAGUAAAAACUUGUUUUUAUGAGAAAGAGAAAAAUCAAACAAGUUGAUAGGUGAAAGUUUGAACAAUAUUGGACAAACAACAAGAAAGUUAUGAAUUUUUAAAAGUUGUAAAUAUUGGUAAUCACUUUACCCAUGGAGACUUCAAAUUGGGAUGUCAUAGUGAUGUAAGGCAAGGACUACUCUUCUAUGUACUCCAAUACAUAUUAUGGCUAAAAUGUCAUUUUUCCCAAAAGUUUUAUUUCAAAUUAUAUUUUUCUUUCAUGAGAACAUAAAACAAUAUACUACCUGGGUUAUAUUUAGAUUACUGCCCCAGGGGAAUGGGUACUUAGGAGAAAACCACAAAUCCCUGAUAAUUAAGUACAUGGCCUAUGGGAAAGUUGUCCUUGCCCCUUGUCAUAAUUUACUUACCCAGUUCCCAAUUUGAAAUCUACAUACUAUUAGUGAUCUCAAUUUUAAAACAGCUAUAACUUUCUUAUUGCUUGUCCGAUUUCUUUCAAACUUUCACCAUUCUGUUGAAUUUAUUUUUUUCCUUCCCAACACAACAUUUUAUGGCCAAGGCUGGAUUCCCCUUUAAAAAAUCAUAAUUUAAGUCCAAAGUCUUUUUUACACACCCGGUUUUUUCAAAAAUUAUAAUAUAAGUCCAAACUAAGAUACGAUAAUGAUAUUCCAGUGGAAUAAGAAUGAGAAUCGAGCUUAGUCUUUUCUCCAGACCCAGUUAAUUAAAACUGGUGGAAUUAAGGUCUUUGUUGUUGUUUUAACUUAUACAGCGCGUAUUGUGAAUAUAUGCGCUAAGAGUAAAUUGAGAUUCAAGUCUUUUCUCCAGACCCGGUUACUUAAAACUAAAAACUAAAACCCUAUAGUAAUGCGUUCAUAUAGCACAAAAGUGCAGUCUUUUUUCCAGACCCGGUUAAUUAAAAAAUUACAAUAUAAGUCCAAAGUCUUUUUUCCAGACCUGGUUGUUUAAAAAAUUAUAAUAUAAGUCCAAAGUCUUUUUUCCAGACCCGGUUAUUUAAAAAAUUAUAAUAAAAAUCGAAACUAAGAUACGAUAAUGAUAUUCCAGUGGAACAAAAAUAAGAAUCGAGCUUAGUCUUUCCUCCAGACCCAGUUAUAAAAAUCAUUAAAAACACAACAGCAACAACAAAACAAAGACCCUGCAAUCCUAUCAACAUUGAAUAGCAUGGAAAUAUGGUGUAGUCUUUGCUCCAGACCCAGUUAUUUCAAAAUAGGAAAUUA